AACAAGAGAGUUAGAGUAAAUUGGUUUAUCAGUGCAUCGCAAAGGAUGUUGUUCACAUAAAUUUGAAGAAGAGUAAAAUUGCCCUCUUCCACAAACUGAAGAUGAUUGAAGUCAACCCCCUGGGCCUGUGGUUAUUUCUAAUUUUAUGUUCUCUCCAAGGUCAAUCUUUUAAAAUAUUCACCAAAUUUAUGAAUGGAAAUCUGAUAUUUACAUGGAGCAAUAUUUUAACAACCCGCAAUGAUAUAACCAUCAUUAAGGAUUCUCAGUCCAGUGAUUGGAUAUCGGUUUAUGAUGAUCAGUACACUGUGAAAGAUGUUACGCUAUACAAAACUGUAACGAUCAAAGUACGGGAGUUGUACACAUCGCAAAAUUAUGUGAAAUGCAACCGAAAAUUCAACGUCAUAACUGCAGAAUCAAAGGAGGGUGAAUCAAGAAACAUUUCAUGGAAUGCAGGUUAUUUCCCUAGAUCUGGACGAUACCUCAUUUUUCAUGUAUAUAAUGAUUCAGUAUCAACGAUUAUGAUGAUAGGGGACAGUGACCCGUCAAGUGAAAAGUAUAUUUAUCACACCCGUCCCCUAAAUUCUUCAAAUAUACAGUUUGAGGUGAAAAAAUUAGCAGUGCAGGAUGCCGGAUAUUACGUAGGAGGUGCAACAGAGACAGACGCGUUAGAAAGUGAAGGCGUGGUUCUUAUUGUUUUCGGAAAACCAGUGAAGGCACAAAUAACUGGGAAUCUGAAUAUUCAAGUCGGAGAAUUUGCCUAUCUGAAAUGUGAAAGUAGAUCUACGUCUGCUCCGUCCUAUUACAAGAAGUUUCAGCCAUUAACGUAUUCAUGGUUUGUCAGCAACACAAGGCUUGAUAGAGAGGUUAGAGAGACCUACAGCUUUAUUGUGUCUAAGGAGGUUAAAUACAACAAAUACAGCUGUCAGGCAAAGGAAACACUAGAAUCAGAAAGAAGUGAAGAAAUUCAGAUUAACCCUCUAUAUGGUCCAGGAAAUGUAAUAAUAAAUCCUCAGCCGCCUUAUGACGGUCUAAAUAUUCACGACGGGGAAACAUUUGGUCCAUACACAUGUUCUUCUGAUUGUAACCCACCUUGUGCCAUGCAGUGGAAAUAUAAACAUCCGUUAGGGAGUUUCAGAGACGCUACAUCCAUUUUGACGUCUUCAGUUACUGUACAAGAGCAAACAGCGAAUAGAACUAGUAUGGCAUCAAUUCGAUGUAUAGUGAGCGGCACUGACGGCAAAACAUCAUCAAGCAUCAAGCUGAACAUUCAAUAUUUAUUGGACCCGAGGUUAUAUAUUAAUGGUAAACCCAGCGAUGCAUUAACCAUUAAUGAAUCAAAUCAAGUUUUCCUGUCGUGUUUUGUCUAUGGAAAUCCUAUUCCAGAAAUCACCUUACGCAAACUCACUGGGAACCAGAUCUAUAUACAGAAUGUAAAUCAUUGGCUAAACUACACAUUGAUCAGAUGGGCCCAGUGCUCUGACACGGGUACUUUCGAAUGUGUCGGACAAUCGACGGAGUUUGGGAGAAGGAAUCAGUCCUUCAGUAUUAACGUUCUCUGUGAACCUCGCCUCGAUGAAGGUACUUUGGUGAAAAACAUCUAUGAAUCAAGAAGUGGCCCGGAUGUUAAAGUUGUUGUAAGUUUACCAGUUGUUGCGAAUCCCCUAACAUCUACAUCAGGGUUCGUUUGGUUAGGACCCACUUUUGCGUCAAUUUCAAUUGAUGUUUCACAAAGAGAUAACGUUGUCUACAAACACUGGAUCAACAGCUCCAUUCCUGUUCCUGAUCAGAGAUCAUUCGGAACCUAUUCGCUGAAAUACAAAGGAAAAGCCUUCGCUGAUAUAACAAUUCACGCCAAAGAUGUAAGUGCAGUUUCCAGAGAAUCCUCUAUUCAGACGGCCUGGGUGGUUAUUGGAGUACUCAUUGGUUUAUUCGUUUUGUUGCUGACGAGCUGUGGAGUUUAUAAGUUUACUUUUCGUCGAG